CGGUUGGUCGACGUCCCGAAACCGAUGCGACUUUAGCCAAAACCAGGUGCUUGUUGCCGUCGGAUUUAUCCUCGCCACGUUUAUUCACUCUUGUGGAAAAAAGAGAAAUUUGCACGAAAACCAUGAGCUCGAGCUCAAAGAUCCUUACUUCUGCUGCAGGUUACUUAAUGCUCUCCUCUUCUCCUUCAAGUCUCUCACCCUUCUAUUAGCUUCCCCUCACUCCAAUGCAACCGUAGAAAAAAGGAGGAAUUUUUUUUCUUCUGGGUUCUCUCUAAUUGGGCUAGAUUACAAGAAAUUUCUCCUAGUGACAUGACAGAUUUGCACCAUCGACACAUCUCGAAUUGAAUUUGAAGAAGCAGUUAUAUAUAAUCUACAAAAUUACCAGAAUGUCUCUCUUGUCAAAGUUAAAAUGUAUCACUGUCGAUGUGACGGGAACUCUGAUAGCCUAUAAAGGAGAGCUUGGAGAUUACUACUGCAUGGCAGCUAAGUCAGUGGGGUUGCCUUGCCCUGACUAUAAACGAAUGCACGAGGCAUUCAAAGAUGCAUACACCAACAUGGCAAAGCGCUACCCUUGUUUUGGACAUGCAGCAAAGAUUCCUAAUAUUGAUUGGUGGAGAAGCUGCGUCAAGGAUUCUUUUAUUAAGGCAGGUUACAAUUAUGAUGAUGAAACAUUUGAGAAGGUAUUCAGACGCAUUUACUCAUCUUUUGGUUCCGCUGCUCCCUAUUCUGUGUUUCCUGAUUCACAGCCAUUUUUGAGAUGGGCUCGUGAAAAGGGUCUCAUUGUUGGAAUUGUCAGCAAUGCAGAGUAUCGGUACCAAGAUGUUAUUCUUCCUGCCUUGGGAUUGAAUAAGGGAUCCGAGUGGGACUUUGGCGUGUUCUCAGGCAUCAUAGGUAUCGAAAAACCAGAUCCAAAAAUAUAUAAAAUUGCAUUAGAAAUGGCAGGAAACAUAGCACCAGAAGAAUCACUGCACAUUGGAGACAGUAUGAGAAAAGAUUAUCUCCCAGCUCGAAGCAUCGGAAUGCACGCACUCUUGCUGGAUCGGUUUAAGACUCCGGAUGCAGAGAGCUGGAGAAAUUCUGGAGCUCCAGUUUUGCCUGAUCUUGCUGCUGCUAAGGAUUGGAUUGUCAAGCAAGAAGAGGUUCCUGCAGCUGAACAAGUUUAGGGACUGGAUAAUGUAAGCACAGUUUUUUUUACCGAGUUAUUGUGCCCCUUGAGGACAUGAGACCGAGGAGUGACUCAUGUCAAUGAUGCAUGUUCAGUCUUUUUCCAUGUUUUAUGUAACUACUGAGCUUUGUAUGAGUAAUGUUCUGUUUCUAAUCAGGCAGAACUUGUAAGGGGGAAAAACAGACAAAAAUUGCAAAAUUUGCCUUUCCAACCUGCUAAAAUUUUUUAAUCCUUUUAUGAA